AUGUGCGACGACGAAGUAGCGGCUCUAGUGAUAGACAACGGCUCCGGGAUGUGUAAGGCCGGGUUCGCCGGUGACGACGCCCCCCGCGCCGUCUUCCCAUCGAUUGUGGGCCGACCCCGACAUCAAGGAGUGAUGGUAGGCAUGGGUCAGAAGGACUCGUACGUCGGCGAUGAGGCGCAGUCCAAGAGGGGGAUCCUGACCCUCAAGUACCCCAUAGAGCACGGGAUUGUCACCAAUUGGGACGACAUGGAGAAGAUAUGGCACCACACCUUCUACAACGAGCUCCGAGUGGCUCCUGAGGAACACCCGGUGCUGCUGACGGAGGCGCCCCUCAACCCAAAGGCCAAUCGCGAGAAGAUGACUCAAAUCAUGUUCGAGACCUUCAACACCCCCGCCAUGUAUGUGGCCAUUCAGGCCGUCCUAUCGCUAUACGCGUCCGGACGUACGACCGGUAUUGUGUUGGACAGUGGAGACGGUGUGUCGCAUACCGUUCCCAUCUAUGAGGGCUACGCACUGCCGCACGCUAUCCUGCGUCUGGAUCUGGCGGGACGUGACUUAACCGACUAUCUCAUGAAAAUCCUGACCGAAAGGGGCUAUAGUUUCACGACAACCGCCGAGAGAGAGAUCGUGAGAGAUAUUAAGGAGAAGCUCUGUUACGUUGCGCUCGACUUCGAGCAGGAGAUGGCGACCGCUGCCUCCUCCUCGUCCCUCGAGAAGUCAUAUGAGUUGCCCGACGGACAGGUGAUCACAAUCGGAAACGAGAGGUUCCGGUGCCCGGAGGCCCUCUUCCAGCCCUCGUUCUUGGGUAUGGAGUCGUGUGGUAUCCAUGAGACCACCUAUAACUCGAUCAUGAAGUGUGAUGUGGACAUCCGUAAGGACCUGUACGCCAACACUGUGCUGUCUGGUGGCACCACAAUGUACCCUGGUAUUGCCGAUCGCAUGCAGAAGGAGAUCACCGCUCUGGCGCCCUCUACCAUGAAGAUCAAGAUCAUUGCGCCCCCGGAGCGCAAGUACUCCGUAUGGAUCGGUGGCUCGAUUUUGGCCUCUCUGUCCACUUUCCAACAGAUGUGGAUCUCUAAGCAAGAGUACGACGAGUCCGGCCCAUCCAUUGUCCACCGAAAAUUCCUAUUGUUGAGUACAGUUGACAAUACAUUUUCCACACUUUUGGGUGGAGAACUGGAUUAUAUCUAUGAGUGA